CAACUCCCCCCCCCUCCCAUCUCCUAAUUGUGGGAUACAUUUUGCAACGGAGUUUCCAGCCCCAUCCGAGGAGGAUUUUCUCACCUUAUUCGGACCUCAUGCCAACAAUUAUGACUACAGAUCACCCUGCUCGUCAGCUUCUGGACUUCACGCAGAAGCUCGACAUCAACCUGCUGGACAAUGUGGUCAACUGCUUGUAUCACGGGGAAGGUUCCCAGCAACGAAUGGCACAGGAGAUACUGACACAUUUAAAGGAGCAUCCAGAUGCCUGGACCAGGGUCGACACGAUCCUAGAAUUCUCCCAGAAUAUGAACACAAAGUACUAUGCUUUGCAGAUCCUGGAAAAUGUCAUUAAAACACGAUGGAAGAUUCUUCCUCGGAAUCAGUGUGAUGGAAUAAAAAAGUAUGUCGUUGGCCUAAUUAUUAAAACAUCUUCAGAAAACAUGACCUUGGAGAAAGAUAAAGUUUACCUGGGCAAACUCAACAUGAUACUUGUACAGAUCCUCAAGCACGAGUGGCCUAAAAACUGGCCGACGUUUAUAAGCGACAUCGUGGGAGCGAGCCGGACCAGCGAGUCUCUGUGUCAGAACAACAUGGUGAUCCUCAAGCUGCUGAGUGAGGAGGUGUUUGACUUCUCCAGUGGGCAGAUGACCCAGGUCAAAGCCAAGCAUUUGAAGGACAGCAUGUGCAACGAGUUUUCCCAGAUAUUCCAGCUGUGUCAGUUUGUCAUGGAAAACUCUCAGAAUGCUCCUCUGGUCCACGCCACAUUGGAGACGCUGCUGCGGUUCCUCAACUGGAUACCUUUGGGUUACAUCUUCGAGACCAAACUCAUCACCAGCUUAGUGUACAAGUUCCUGAACGUGCCGAUGUUCCGGAACGUGACGCUUAAGUGCCUGACGGAGAUCGCAGGCGUCAGCGUCAGCCAGUACGACGAGCAAUUUGUCAGCUUAUUCACCUUGACCCUCGGUCAGCUCAAACAGAUGCUCCCGGCCAAUACCAACAUCCGCUUGGCCUACGCCAACGGGAAGGAUGACGAGCAGAACUUCAUCCAGAACCUGAGCCUGUUCCUCUGCACCUUCCUGAAGGAGCAUGGAGCACUGGUGGAGAGGACGCUGGAGCUCAGGGAGGGACUGCUGGAUGGGCUGAACUACAUGAUCCUCAUCUCGGAGGUGGAGGAGAUCGAGAUCUUUAAGAUCUGCCUGGAAUACUGGAACCAUCUGGCGGAGGAGCUUUACCGGGAGAACCCCUUCUCCAUCAGUGCCUCCCCGGCGUUGGGAAACCCCCACAGUGACGUGCCGCCACGGAGACAGAUCUACCUACCCGUCCUCUCCAAGGUGAGACUGAUAAUGAUCAGCCGGAUGGCCAAACCAGAGGAGGUGCUGGUGGUGGAGAACGAACAAGGGGAGGUGGUUCGAGAGUUUAUGAAGGACACAGACUCCAUCAAUUUGUAUAAAACCAUGAGAGAAACGCUGGUGUACCUCACCCACCUGGACUACGCUGACACGGAGUGUAUAAUGACCGAGAAGCUGCACAACCAGGUGAACGGCACCGAAUGGUCCUGGAAAAACCUCAACACCUUGUGCUGGGCCAUCGGCUCCAUCAGCGGAGCCAUGCACGAGGAGGAUGAGAAACGAUUCCUCGUCACAGUUAUCAAGGAUCUGCUGGGUCUGUGUGAGCAGAAGCGAGGGAAGGACAACAAGGCCAUCAUCGCCUCCAACAUCAUGUACGUGGUGGGGCAGUACCCUCGCUUCCUCCGCGCUCACUGGAAGUUCCUCAAGACUGUGGUCAACAAGCUGUUUGAGUUUAUGCAUGAAACCCACGAUGGAGUGCAAGACAUGGCGUGUGACACGUUCAUCAAAAUAGCGCAGAAAUGCCGACGUCACUUUGUUCAGGUGCAGGUGGGCGAAGUGAUGCCGUUCAUCGACGAGAUUCUCACCAACAUCAACACCAUCAUCUGUGACCUGCAGCCUCACCAGGUUCACACGUUCUAUGAAGCCGUGGGCUACAUGAUCGGGGCACAGACAGACCAGACUGUACAGGAACACCUGAUAGAGAAGUACAUGCUGCUUCCCAACCAGGUGUGGGACAGCAUCAUUCAGCAAGCCACCAAGAACGUUGACAUAUUGAAGGACGCGGAGACGGUGAAGCAGCUGGGCAGCAUCCUGAAAACCAACGUGCGGGCGUGCAAGGCCGUGGGGCACCCGUUCGUCAUCCAGCUGGGCCGCAUCUACCUCGACAUGCUCAACGUGUACAAGUGUCUGAGUGAAAACAUCUCCGCAGCCAUCCAGGCCAAUGGUGAAGUGGUCACCAAACAACCGCUGAUCAAAAGCAUGCGGACUGUGAAGCGAGAGACCCUGAAGCUGAUCUCCGGGUGGGUGAGCCGCUCGUCGGACCCUCAGCUGGUGGCCGAGAACUUUGUUCCGCCGCUGCUGGACGCGGUGCUGAUCGACUACCAGAGGAACGUGCCAGCAGCCCGCGAGCCCGAGGUGCUGAGCACCAUGGCCACCAUCGUCAACCGGCUCGAGAACCACAUCACGGCUGAGGUGCCCCAGAUCUUUGACGCCGUGUUCGAGUGCACCCUGGACAUGAUCAACAAGGACUUUGAAGAGUUUCCCGAACACAGGACUAACUUCUUUCUACUUCUUCAAGCAGUCAAUAUGUACUGCUUCCCUGCCUUCCUGAACAUCCCUCCAGCCCAAUUCAAAUUGGUCCUCGACUCCAUUAUUUGGGCUUUCAAACACACCAUGAGGAACGUAGCUGACACGGGGCUGUCUGUGUUGUACAUCUUGCUGCAGAACGUUGCUCAGGAGGCUGGAGCUGCCCAGAGCUUUUACCAGACCUACUUCUGUGACAUCCUCCAGCACAUUUUCUCGGUGGUGACGGACACCUCUCACACGGCAGGCCUGACGAUGCAUGCCACUAUCUUGGCGUACAUGUUCAGCUUGGUGGAGGAUGGGAAGAUCACGCUCUCGCUCAGCCCCUCCACUCCCACCGUCAACAACCAGCUGUUUGUCCAGGAAUUUGUGGCCAACCUUCUGAAGACGGCUUUCCCUCACCUACAGGACGCACAGAUAAAGAUCUUUGUGACCGGACUGUUCAGUCUGAACCAAGACAUUGCCUCGUUCAAGGAACACCUACGGGACUUCCUGGUACAGAUAAAGGAAUUCGGGGGCGAGGACACUUCAGACCUGUUCCUGGAGGAGCGGGAAGCUGCCCUGCGACAAGCCCAGGAAGAGAAGCGGAAAAUUCAGAUGACGGUCCCGGGAAUCCUGAACCCGCACGAAAUAGCGGAGGAGAUGUGCGACUGAAUGCAACACGGUGUGGACGAAC